ACAGACAUCAUGGGUUUGAAAGACCGGUUGCUGGAAAAAAUCUGGGGCCAGGAAAGAGAUUUGCGGGUGAAGGCAUGGGUCUUUGGGGGCGUUGCGCUGAUUUCCUGUGGAGUGUCUUCUUUUUACUCCUACAGUUUUAUCAAACGCUUCAUGCUCUCCCAUUUGCUUCGAAAUGUUCCCAAUCGGCGGCUGGCUGACAUGAAAGAAGGGGAAUACGUCAAAGUGACGGGG